AUGAAUAAGAUAAUUUAUUUGCAAGAGAAUCAUCUAAUCGUCACUUCGCCGGAAUACCCGAAAAAUGUUCCGGGACAGACGCAAAUUGAGUGGAAAAUACAGACAGACCCUGGUUACCGGAUAAAAACAUACUUUUUCGUAUGUGACAUCCCUCAGAGUUUAUUUUGCCAGCGGAUCUAUGUCAACGUUAUCGACACAGAAAUGCUAUCUGACGGAACAACAGAAGAGAUAAACAACAGCCGAAUAUGCGGUCACUGUCCGGAAACGCUAGUCUCAUGGUCGAAUUCCGUGGUGAUUCGACUCCAGUCUGACGCAGGUGGCGGCCUGGAUGAGCUCCGUCGGUUCGCGCUGCGCAUAGAACGCACCUCGGAGCCGCCAAGCUUCAAACACGUGCGCAACGCUGAGAUUUCCGACCCUUCAGCCCCUACUCUUCCCCCACUUUACUACGACAACAUCGAGCUCGACUACAACGAGGGCUUUAACGGGUUCAUCACGACUGGGGAUCUCGAGAUUGGAGCUUCCGCGUCAAACAAACUUCUCUGGCUGAAGAUUUGUCUGCCGAGCAUUUUUGGAGUUCUGCUCCUUGUAAUUAUGAUCAUCUUUUUUAUAAAACGAAAACGGGAGAAAGAAGAAUAUGAAGCUGACAUUGGAUAUAAAGAGCCAAAAUUGUCAAAAGAGCAGAAAUGGCUCAAAAGUAUUCCAAAACCUUUCAAAGAGCAGUACAUGUCUUCUAAUCCUGGCACUGGAACCAAUCAGACUACGGUCAACAAGUGA